AUGUCCAAAGUCUGGUUCAUAUACGGUUCGCCCCAGGGCAUAGGACACGAGCUUGUGGAGUACGCGCUGGGUCAGGGCGAUAAGGUGAUAACGAACCUGCAUUCAACUUCUCUACAGAAGCUGGGUGCCAUGGUUGUUAAUCUGAAUGUCAACAGUGAUGAAGCCAAUGUGAAAGAGGCGAUCGACGCGGCCUAUGGCUUCUACAAUAGGAUCGAUGUCGUGGUCAACAAUACCGGCUAUGUCAGCUAUGGAGCUCUGGAAGAGGUCCCAGCUAGUGAUCUCGAGACUCAAUUCCAGGCAAACGUGUUUGCACCUGCUAGAGUCAAUCGCUGUGUUCUGCCCUAUCUCAGGAAACAAAAGUCGGGUCUGAUUCUCAAUGUGUCAUCCAGAUCCGCCUACGAGUUUACUCCCUGUCUUUCCUACUACUCUGCCUCGAAAGCUGCACUUAGUCAGUUAAGUGUCUGUCUUGACAACGAGAUCUCGCAUUUUGGUCUGAGAUCCAUCGCUAUUGAACCGGGAAUGGUGAGGAAGUCUGCUUCGUGCCGCAACCUCGAUGGGGUCCAGGACCUGCUCCAUAACCACGACCCAACCAUCACCGACUACGCACCGCUUGUGGAAAAAAGCCGAACAGACUUUACUAGCUGGGAAGGCAAAGAAAUUGGUGAUCCCGCGAAACUCGUGUAUCAAAUAUUUAACCUCGCACACGGCAUCGAGCUAUUCAAGGACAGGCGCCUGCCGUCUAGAUUGGUGCUGGGAUCAGACUGCAUUAGCGCCGUGCACACAGAAGUUUCGAUGAUGACCCAAAUGCUAAGUGAAUGGGGCGCGGUCAUCAGAUCUACGGAUCAAAAAGACUGGACCCCUCCGCCUUUUACCCAAUAA